CUUAAGGUUAAGGUGAGUUAUCCUCCAAGAGUUCAAAGUUAUAGUCCACUUGAUAAUUAGCAAGUAUCAGUUCUCCAGUAAUCCUCGUUGGCAUGCAGUAUCAUCCAUGCAUUAGCUCAAAGGCUAGGACGGCUUGUCAGAGUCUAUGGAGCCAGUGUGUAUACCAGGAAGUCGGUCCCACAUUGUCAGAGCCUCGGGAGCCGGCGAGUAUGGCGGAAGUAGGUCCCACAAUCACCAAGCCCCCUCUCUCUGGCUUCUUUAUUCAAUAGAAAUUUCAAUAAAAAGAAGACAGUUUCUUGUCCUAUGUAACAUUAUCAGUCCAAAUAUUUAGAUAUAUGUAUCAACAGGUAGGAAUGACAUAUAUAUAUAUACAUAAAAGAUAACAAAUCAAGUUAGCUGGUUACCUCAAGAUUUAAAACCAAUAUAAAGGUUUAUAAGGUUUGUCAACUAUUACAGUCAAUUUAUAAUGGAUUGUUCUUUUGUAAGAGCCCAAUUACAAACCUUACUAGGAAAGGUUUAAACCACUAUACAUGCCCCCCUGAAGCUAUAGUAGCAUUUGAAAAGCUAAAAAAAAAGGCUUUAAUUUCUGUUCCUGUUCUCAGACAUCCAGAUCCUACACUUCAUUUUAUAUUGGAGGUGGAUGCAUCUGAAUCCCCUGACAAACCUUUACACCCUUGUGGGUUCUAUUCUAGAAAUCUUUGCAGGCUGAGCGUAAUUAUGGCAUAGGUAAUAGAAAGUUACUAGCCAUUAUUGUUUAAUUGAAACCAUGGAGGGAUCUCCUAGAAGGAUCUAAAAAUCCUAUCAUAGUUUUGAGAGGCAAAAUGGCUAAAUUCACAGCAGGCUACAGUGUCUCUUUUCCUAUCAUGGCUUACAUUUCUAAAUAUGUAUAGAUCACAACCACUUAAUGCUUAAACCAAGGCUUUGUCUAGGCAAUUUGAUUUAGUUAAAGAAGACAAGAUUGAGGAUAGUUUUAUCAUUCCUCCAAAACGAAUUAUAGCUACAACUAUACUUUACAUCUCAUCUUUCUUGUUAAAACAUAUCAAAUCAAAACAAGAUGAAUCCCCUGAGAAUAAACCUAAAGAAAGGUUAUAUGUUACACCAGAAGUCAGAGAAGUCAUGAGAGCAAGUCUGCAGGAUGUCCUGGUUUUACCAAAACCUAUGCCUUUAUAUCUAGGGUGUCUGGUGGGCCUCUCUUAAAGGAGACAUUAGGGAAUAGGUUCAAGCUUGUGAUGUUUGUACAAUAAGGUUGUAAACAAAGUACCAUGUGGUCUGCUUCUGUGGUUACCUAUACCCUCUAAUCCUUGGUCUAGUACAUCUAUUGAUUUUAUUGUUGAUCUUCCCCCUUCCAGUGGGCUCACAGUUAUUCUUAUAGUUAUUGACUGAUUUUACAAGAUGGCUCAUUUUAUACCCCUUAACCUCCCCUCCUCAUCAGAAUUGGCAAAUAUUUUCUUCGGGAGGUAUUUUGUCUCCGUGGUACACUGGAACAGGUUGUAACUGAUAGAGGUAGUUAAUUUGUUUCUCAUUUUGCUCUGUGAUGGGUAUUGAACUGUCUUUUUUUAUCCGCCUGCCUGUCUUAAGUCUCUAGAGCAAUAUUUCCAUUGGUUCGUAUUUUAUUGAAUUUGCUCAGAAUAAUGCUGUUUAUGAAUCCUCAACCAUAGCUGUCACGGCAAGGGUACAUAAUUAAUUAUUGAACAAAAAUAUGUACAGUGGUUCACCUUAAGUGAAACCUGUGUACAACCUGGACAAUAUUAGUAACAGUAGUACAUUUUAGAUGUAUCAAAAUAUAAAACAUGUAACAACAGAAGUAUUCAUAAGGGAUCCUGCAAUAAAAUUAUACAAAAUAGAUAUAAAGACACCCUUGUGAGGCUAAACUCCUAUGUCUGAAAGUGGUUAUAUCAUGAAAAGUAAAUCUAAUAAUGAGCUCCACCAAACUAUACUGAUAUAAAUGUUAAUAAAAAGGGCUUUAGUAAAAAAGGUCCCAUGGGACUGGACGCCAUCUGCCAUCUGCCUGGGCUCCAGAUCUAGGCUCGUAGAAAAGGCUCAAAAAGUUGAUACAGACUGCUGUAAAACCGGAAUCUCCUCAGCCACUGAGUGGAGAGACAUGUGGGCGCACACUUCGGAGGGAAUUAAGUGAGGCCGGGGAGGUGCAGGGGGCGAACAGCCCGCGGACUCUAGGUGGGGGGGUCCAGUGAAAGAUUCUGCUCCUGAGUGCCUACGGCGCUAUGAGAGGACAGAUGGGGGCUCGGCAACCCGAGGGAGGAAAUGCAGCUGAACCAUGGGUGGCCCUUCUCGGAUGGCUAUUAAGAAUUGCUUGCUUACAUCUGAUUGUCAUGGACUGCCAGGUCUGACUGGGGUGGAUGGGGGGAACCGGUUCAAUACCUGUAUUACCAUUCUCUUACUUUCUUCCUUUUAUUAUUUUACCUCAGGGUGUCUUAAUAUGCCUGGCCGCGCGUGCACGACACAAGGCCCCUUUUUGACCGCUGGGAUACACACUCACUGGUGCUUAAAUGGGGACGUCACGUAGGUCCUUUCUUCCUCUUUUUUAUGUCUCCCCUUGUCAGAAGGCGGGAACAAUUUUGUUUUAUAACAUGACGUGACCAAAACUAUGCUUUGCACUGUUUUAUGUUAUUACUGUUUAGCCAAAUAUGCUUAAUUAUGCUUUGAACCAGUAUACAGGUAGUGAUGGACUGCACUGCCCAAAUAAACACAGGAAACCUGUGCCAUUAUUGGCUACUAUAGUUUAUAUAAUGUUUCAAUAUUAAACUGACGUUUAUACGGAUUUAGGAUAAAUGUUUGGACGUUGACCUAGACUAGGUAGGCUAGAUAUGCUAAUUAGGCACCUUAUGCAGAAAUAGGCUUUCUGUUUCUAUGCCUAAAUGUACUGUCUUAUUAUUAUAAACCAUUAUCGCCUAGCAAACGCACCAUAAUUGGACUUUGACCUAAAGUGACAGAGUGCGACGGAACUUAUAACUUCAUCACUACCAGAACCACCUGACAUACAUGGCUAUCACAUCAGUGUAAUGCCUUGACACUGUUGUGAUAUUCAGACUUAAAUUAAUAUAACGUUUUGAGACUGGCAUACAUGGAGACAUACUUAGACUAAACCGUGGGCUGCAGGCUUAUGUUAUUUUCUGUUAUGUAGUUAAAUAAUAUGCUAUACCAUGAAACUGUACAGCUACAUAUUAUCCUUGAUGCACAUAUUUGCCUUCACUGAUGUAUGUAAAAAUUACGCAAAUAAACCAUGAAUGAAAAAAAAAUUAAUUACCAGAAAAUAGCAAUAGUUAGUAGAUGCUCUUAAAAUUAGAGAAUAAUUACCAAGUAACAAUUUCACUAUUAGAAGUAUGAGGGGGGCGGAGUCUGACCGCCGAACGGAGCAGAAGCAGGGGACACGAGCUCCUGCUCGACGGGCAGGAAAAGCGGCACAAACGAGGGCUAAAUAGCCCAAAGACCUGCCAGGGUGCAUCACCCACGUCGGGGGUGCACCCCUGAACCAAACGAGAUUUUUUUUUUUUUUUUUUGGAGCCCGUAGGAGCUAUAAAAGCGGGACACCAAGCGCGGCCUACAGAAGCCGGAGCCGGGGAGAGGCGGCCGCUCUCUCUGACACCGGACCCCCUAAGCAACCAAGCAGGUCUCCAACCCCCCCCCUUUGGACCAGUGGGGGAUAUCCCGGUCCCCAGUAGACAGACAGACCAGGCAGGCUGAUCAGCCCCUUGGCUACAUCGCCGGCAGGAACGCUGGACCACCGAGGUACACACAACAUGGCCGCCAAGCAGAAGCCAAGAUUGGCGGGCACACACGCCACACCACCAGCUGGCUGCAUGGAGGGCUUUGACAGGCUCUGCAAGGGCCUCUGGACACUACUUCGCCACCGCGGAGUGUCCUGCAACCAGGCAGCCAGAACGAUCGCCUUAUGGAUCCGCCCUGUGACACGCAGACGCCAUUACAGAUACCCACUCCAAGCCAACAGGCCAUCUAAACUGCCACGAAGGCGCCAAAAACCGUCAUGGCGGACCAUAGUACCAGGCUGCCGGAACCCACGCACUCGCACCCAUGCACACAGCAGCUGGAUCAACGAGCCAUCCCUGCAGCCACACCACCUACUCACAACUCUACGCCCGGAGAAGAUGGCUGAGCACCACGUGGCUGUACAGAAGGACGCCUCACACAGAAACACCACAGAUGGAACUAAACCAGGGGGCCCCACUGAGCAGCGAGCUUUAUAUGGACAUAGCAAGUAUCUGCCACCGAUGCCCGUAACAGGCAUAGGCUGAGGGACUCCUGGCCUGCAUAACUAAGCCCCCAGCUUGGGCCCAAAGCAGUAAUACAUACACCCCCCAUCACUACGACCACAUGCUAAAUAGUAUGCGUUGGCACCCUGUGCCUUUAUAAAUCCCACUUUAGCAAUAGCAGAUCACCUGCCAGGCCACCCAGUGGAACCUCAUUUCAUGUAGAUAGGGAGGCAGGGACAUGUCCUGUUUGCCUUUACAAUCUAAGCAUUAGCUGCUGACUCCACCUUGUCUACAAUGUGUUCUAGAGAUCAUAUAAAUACAAUGUGUGACUAAUCUCUAACAGUUUCAUACCUUAUAUUUUGCAAUGUGCUACCCAUUAAGCGACUAUUACCUGCUCCUCCUAUUGCACAGAUAGAUCAAACAUGUUUCUAUGCCGUAUGCAUAUCACUUCUGUUUUAUAAUAUAUAAAAAUGUGCAGACAUAUUACUUGCCAUGUUUGAAAAUGUAUGAUUUUGCGUGUAACUGCUGUUGUGGCAACACACGCUCGUUGUUAAAACAUGCACAACAAAAAUAAAGAAAAAAAAAAAAAAUGAGGAGAGAGGAAAUACAGAUUCUAUUGCCCGUAAAUAGCAGGCAAGGGUUAAACUGGAAAAAGCUUCUCUCCUUUCAAAACUAACUUAACAGGCAUAGGAGAAUAAAGUACAAAAAAUAAAUAAUAAAUAAUCAAACCAACAGUUACAAACAGUGAUUAAAAUAAACAGUUAAGUGCCCCCGCCCCCCCAAAAAAUCUAGAGUGCCAGACGCCCAUUUCGGUGCAGAAGUACAUACACCUUCGUCAGGGUCGAACGAUCAAAUGGCCCAAAUCCCUCUUAUAACAAGAUAUCCCAUGUGGGUAUCCUCCGUAUCAGCCAAUUAUAUUUUUACUGCUCAAUUGAGAGGUGUGGUUAAAAUAUUGUGGUAAUGUGCAGUAUGAAUGCCCAGAUAAUGUUAUGGUCCAAUCGUAUCCUUGUCGAGGGAGUGUUUCACUCCACAAUGCAGUCAAGGAGUGUGUGCGCUUCUGGGUGGACAGCCCAGUACCGUGACGUCCACACCAAUGUGUACUCCAAUGAGAUGUAGUUGGGAGGACUCUCGUUCUCUGCCUGAGUGCCAAUAGUCUUGAUAUCGUGGAAGCAAAAAUCAAUAUCCCAAUGUAGAUGUCUCUCAUAUACAUCACAGGGCUGCAAGCAGUGCUCAAAUCAUGGAGCAAAACUAUAUGCCAAUCUAAAGAUAGAUUCAUAUGCUGUGAUCGAGUCAAAGUGCAGCUCAAGAAUAUUACUGACGGGAUAUAAGAUACCAUUGAGUGAUGUUUAAUCCAUGUAAUGAAAUAGUGUGCCGAUCUGGGCAGGCUGUCUGCUGAUCUUAAGAUGCCUUCAUAAGCCGCAGUUACAUCUAACUGUGGUCCAAAGAUUAUAACUGAAUGUGGAGCCCCACUGUGUACAAGUAAGUAUUUUUAUAUCACUCCAUUACAACAGUAAAUAUCCACAUCCACCAGAGUUCCAGAUAUACAGUGGGCAAACCAUAGAAGGAAAGAGGGAAACAUAAUCAAUAAGGUACCAUUCUUACAAUCAGUUCAUAGACAUCUAAAUCAUCCAAACCUAUAACGGAGUACCUAAAAUCAACAAGUGAAGAUCAAUGUCUCUCAUAUGCAUCUUCGGGCCGCAAACAGUGUUCAAAUCACAGAGCAAACUGUGCCAAUCCAAAGAUAGAUGCAUGUACCGUAAUAAAGUCAAAAUGCGAUUCAAAAAUCAUAAUAAUAAUGACGGAAUAUGGAAUCCUAUUGAGUAAUAGUCAGUCCUUACAUUUAAAUACUAUGCCAGUCCGGAGAGACUGUCUGUUGGUCUUAAGAUGUAUUCAUAUGCCACAAUCACAUCAAGCUAUGGUUCAAUGAUUAUAGCAGGAUGUGUGGCCAUACUGUGAAAUGGUUAUUAUUCUUAUUCUACAACAGUAAAUAUCCACAUCCACCACAGUUCCAGCUAUAGUGUGGACAAACCAUAAAGGGAAAGGGGCAAACAUAAUCAAUAAGGUACCAAUCCUGCAAAGAGUUCAUAGACUUUUAGAUCAUCUAAAUCUAUAACGGAGUACCAAAAAUUAUUGUUUAUUCUCCAGAAUAUUUGAGAAUCAAGGGCAGUGAUGAGUAAACACUAGAGAGAUAAAUAGUACAGGAUGUUCCAUAUUAUUAUUUAACCUAUAUGAUAGUCGAAAAUAUAGAUAUGUCUCAACUAGAGCCAUUCAUUUAACUAGGUCUUAGGUAUAGAUUGGAAAUAUAAACCUACUUCAGAAGUAACGUCUGUGGAUACUGUAAAUGUGCAAGUUAAAACUGUACACUAUAAUUAUCUGAUAUGUUAUUAAUGAUGUCCUGAUUGUUAGAUAUUUAUGGAUAACUGCUAAAUUUGUACGCAAAAGUAGGCACCUGAAUAGAUCCCACCAUGUGACAAUAAUGUGAUAAACAAAUAAGCAUACAAAUACUAUUUAUGUGUUACUGACAGGGCAAAAUAAAACUUAAGACAGCUAAAACUGUUACUUACAAUAUGUACAGCGUAAUCUUACUUACAGUCAUAAUAAGGCUUAAUUAAUUUUAUUUUGAGGUAAAUGAUGUAUAUGAAAAGCUCUUAUUUAAACCAAAUGGUGAUAAUGUUUUGAGCUUAUAAAUCCAAAAUCUCUCUCUUUGGAGUAGCUUCUUGUUCAGAUCACCUCUUCUCUGGGACCAAGUGUCACUUUUUCAAUGCCACAGAAACGGAGUCCAUCUAUUCAGAUAACUUUUGCUUAUAAACUGGGACUUCAGACUAUAUGUAAGUGCUGCUUCUAAGUGUGUAGUUGGAGAUAUUCUGGAGUGUUUUACAGAAGCUUCAACUGUCUAAGAUUUUGCUAAGAGUUUUCUUUUUUACUGUUACAGGUAAGAUUCAUCUAUAGGAAAAGGUUACUGAUUGCACAAGGUUUGCUUUCCUGUUUGUAAUUGGUAAGGCAUUUGAUUAGCAAGGUGCUUGCUAUUAAUUGAUUGUUGGUUAAUUAGCGAUUGUUUGCAAAUAAGCAUAGGCCUACCCAGGUGUUAAACAUUUCUAGUGGGUGGUAAUUUUAGGAGUUAUAUAAGGGUUGUUUUCAUUAGCUUGGCUAAUAUAGCUUGGUUGCUUCAUCUAAGUGCUGCUUCUAUGUGUGUGAUUGGAGAUAUUCUGGGGAGUAACUGGAGGUAAUCUGAGGUAUACAGGAGGACACAAAAAGAUUAGUUUGAUUUAAAUUAUUCACCUCAUUAAAAUGGAAGACUUAGUUCAGUGUAAUAAUUGUUUCACAUUCCACUUUUUGGAGAUUUGGAUGAUGUCUAAUCUGUAGACAGUUCUCUGUAUUGCAGCAGGAGAUUUUAUUUUUGAAGUCUGAGAUUUGUAAAUUAUCUGGUAAAAAAAAGGCUGGAACUGCUGCAAAGUCACUGCCGCAGAGACAUACUAGAAAUGGCAGAUGGAUUAAUGUACGAUCUGGUACACUUAGAGUUGUGGAUAAAAGGAAUAUUGCACAGUCUGUUGCUCUACGUAAUUCAUUUUCUGCACUUUCAGAGGGUAAUGGUGCUAUGGAGACAUUCUCAAGCACCAGGUGUAGUGGUGUUAUGGAGACAGGCACUGAGGGUAGUGGUGUUGUGGAGACAGGCUCAGGCACCGAGGGUAGUGGUGUUGUGGAGACAGGCUCAGGCACCGAGGGUAGUGAUGUUGUGGAGACAGGCUUGGAGACUAUGGUGAGGCCUAAUAGAAAGCAGUUGUUGGGGGAUCCUAUCUUAAGAGGUGUGGAGAUGGACAAUGGUGGUCUUGUGAGAUGUCUUCCUGGAGCUACUGCUCACAGAGACAGGAGUUGUAUUUGGAAUAUUGUUAAGCGAGCAAAGCUGGAAGGGGAAUUGGAUGUACUUGUCCAUCUAGGGACAAAUGACUUGGCUUGCAAUGAGGUUUCAGACGUAAAGGAAGUUUUUAGUGUUUUUGCCAAUGAUAUACGGCAGGUUGCUACCACACUGUCAUUCGCUGAAGUUCUGCCUGUGAAUAACACUCAGAACGACAGGCGGAUGCGUAUUAGGGACUUUAACUUGUGGCUUGGUGAAUGGUGUCUGGAGCAAAGAUUUAGCUUCAUUUCUCAUGAUAGCUCUGUUUGGAAUGGAAAUAAACUGUACAAAAAAGAUGGUUUGCAUCUUUCUCAAAAGGGAACAAAUAUUCUCAGUGAGCAGUUCAGACGUUUAGGAUGUAUUUAAACUAGGAGGGGAGGCAAAAGGGUGAUAAAACAUCAAUCCAAUUGCCCCCCCUCAAAACAAGGACAGAAAAUAACUGUAACCAGUGUGUUAAAAAAUGAUAAGCUUAGAGUCAUGUCUACAAAUGAUUGCAGUUUAGGGAAUAAGAUCCAUGAACUUGUGGCAAUAAUGGCAACUGAUAAUGUAGAUUUAGUUGCUGUUACUGAGCCAUGGUAUAAUGAGAAAAAUGACUUCAACAUAGCAAUACCAGAGUAUUGGCAAGAAAGGGGAAGUGGUGGCCCUGUAUGUGAAGGAUAGCAUAAAAUCUAGCCUCAUAAAAGUUAGUGAGGCGAACAUAGAGUCUGUUUGGGUUACGUUAGAAUUUGGUAAUCACACAGUAACUCAUGUAGGUGUGAUUUAUAGGGCCCCAGGACAAACAGAAGAGUUAGAUAAUCUACUAGUUGAGGAAAUAGCUAAAAUGACAAUGAAGGGGGAAUUUAUCAUCAUGGGUGACUUUAAUCUUCCUAAUGUGAAUUGGAAAACCAAAACAGCUGCUUGUGCCAGGGGCACACAUAUUCUAAACUCCCUACUGGGAUUGUCUCUAAAACAAGUCAUUGAGGAGCCAACUCGUAAGGAGGCCAUACUAGAUUUAGUGUUAACAAAUGGAGAUUUGGUAUCAGAUAUUACUGUAGGUGAAAGUUUAGGAUCCAGUAAUCAUCAGUCAGUGUGGUUUAAUAUAAGAACAGUGACUGAGUCACACCACACAAAAACAAAAGUUUUAGACUUUAAACCCUUAAGGACACAUGACAUGUGUGACAGGUCAUGAUUCCCUUUUAUUCCAGAAGUUUGGUCCUUAAGGGGUUAAAAAACACUUUUCUAAAAUUAGAAUAUGUGUAAAGGAAUCAUUAUCAGACUGGAGCAAUUUAAAUGCAGUCCAAGAGAAAUGGGAUUAUUUAAAAGUUGCACUGCUGAAGGCAACAAAAAAUUGCAUGUCAGUAAAAGCAAGAAAUUCAAGAAACCACUGCGGUACACCACAGAUGUGGCCAAAAUAGUAAAAAAUAAAAAGUUAGCAUUUAGUAAUUAUAAAAAUAACCAGAGUGAGGAAGACAGAAUGAUCUAAAAGAUAAGGCAGAAAGAGGCUAAGCCAGUUAUAAGAGCUUCCAAAUCACACACACAAGAGAAAAUGGCACAGUCAGUAAAAAAAGAUUUUUAGAUACAAAAAUGAGAAAAGGAAAGUUAAACAAGGAUUAGUUAGAUUAAAAAAAAAUAGAAGGAAGGUAUGUAGAAGAGGAUAAAGGUCUAGCUGACUGCCUCAAUGAAUAUUUUUGUUCAGUUUUUACAGAUGAAAAUGAAGGAGAGGGGCCUCAGUUAGGAAAAGGGACAAAUGAGUCAUUUGUUACAUGUGAGUUUACAGAGGAAGAGGUUCUAUUUCAACUGUCAAAAGUAAAGACAAAUAAGUCAAUGGGACCUGAUGGAAUACACCCAAAGUUAUUAAAAGAGCUAAGUGGUGUACUAGCAAAACAUUAACAUAUUUAUUUAACCAAUCAUUGUUAACAGGAGAAGUCCCAGAAGAUUGGAAGCUAGCGAAUAUUGUGACAAUUUACAAGAAAGGUAGUAGGGAGGAGUCAGGCAACUAUAGGCCAGUAAACCUUACUUUAGUAGUAGGGAAAGUAAUGUAAACCAUGUUAAAGGAUUGGCUUGUUUAACAUCUAAAAACACAUGGAUUUCAAGAUUAGAGACAACAUGGGUUUACUUCCGGGAGAUCAUGCCAAACUAAUCUUAUUGAUUUUUUUUGAUUGCGUAACUAAAAUAAUAGAUCAGAGUGGUUCAGUAGACAUUGCUUACCUAGAUUUCAGUAAGGCUUUUGACACUGUUGCACAUAGAAGGCUUACCAAUAAACUGCAAUCUUUAAAUUUGGAUUCCAGUAUUGUUUAAUGGGUAAGGCAGUGGCCGAGUGACAGACAACAGAGGCUUGCAGUCAAUGGAGUAUAUUCGAAGCAUGACCUUGUCACCAGUGUGGUACCUCAGGGAUCUGCACUUGGACCCAUUCUCUUUAAUAUUUUUAUUAGUGAUAUUGCAGAAGGUAUUGAUGGUAAGGUAUGUCUUUUUGCUGAUGAUACUAAGAUAUGUAACAGGGUUGAUGUUCCAGGAGGAAUAAGCCAAAUGGUAAAUUACCUCAACUGCCCUGAUGCCUCCCGUCUGCUCUCUGUAACCUCCUCCUUUGGCCUCACACAGUUGUCAACUUCAGCAACUCAUACAGCAAGAAACACUCUUGACCUCAUCUUCACCAAUCUCUGUACCACCUCUAAUCUCUCUACUGUUCCAUUUCCUUCGUCUGACCACAUCUACUAACAUUUAACAUCAGCAUACCCCAUACCAAAAUUUCACCACUCUCAACUCCCCAAUCUCGCAGAAACCUCAACUGCCUUGAUCUCCAGCAGUUCACCACCAAACUCAAUACUCUCCUUUUACCCAUUUCAAAUCUAACUUGCCCUAACUCAGCUACCUCACUCUACAACUCAACUCUCUCCUCUCAACUCAACAUCAAGGCACCUCCUACAAUUAAACGCAGCAAGCACCCCCAAUUACAACCCUGGCACACCAAGCUGACCCAUUACCUCCAAAAAUGUUCUAGAGCUGCUGAAUGCUGCUGGAGAAAGUCUCACUUUGCAUCUGACUUCCUCCACUCUAAAUUUAUGCUGCGCUCCUACAGCCUGGCUCUCUCUGCUGCAAAAGUAAAUUACUUUAACACCCUCAUAAGUGCACUGUCCCAUCAACCCAAACACCUAUUUCACACUUUUGAUGCUCUUCUUUGCCCUUUUAAUUCACCUCCUUCUACCACUUUGUCCGCCACAGACUUUGCAGAGAUCCUCUCCUGAUCUCUCUCCACCCAUCUUGACUUGUGUCUCUGACUGCCUCUCUUCGAUUUCCAAAUGGAUGGCUGCUCACUUCCUUCCAAAACAGAACUUCUGGUCUUUCCUCCCUCAAGUGUUACUACUCCCGUGUGUCUCCCUCCAAGUCAACGGCACUACCAUGACCUCUACCUCGCAGGCUCACUGCCUGAGUGUUCUUUUUGACUCCAACCUCUCCUUCACCCCUCAUGUCCAAUCAAUCGUCAAAUCCUGUCGCUUCCAUCUCAAAAAAAUAGCGCUCAUCCGCCCCUAUUUAACCCCGGAUACGGCUAAGGUGCUGGUCCAUGCUCUUGUUCUCUCUCGCCUGGACUACUGCAAUACUCUUCUCAGUGGUCUUACGUGUUCCCAGAUUGCACCGCUGCAAUCUAUAAUGAAUGCGGCAGCAAGGCUCAUUUUCCUGUCCGCCCGCACCUCUCACGCCUCCCCGCUCUGUCAGUCCCUGCAUUGGCUUCCAGUUAGAUAUAGGGCUCAAUUUAAAAUUCUGGUGCUUGCUUACAAGUCCCUACAUAAUGCUGCUCCAACCUACCUAUCCUCCCUAAUACACAAGUAUGUCCCGUCGAGACCCCUACGCUCUGCCAAAGACCUAUGUAUAUCCUCUGUCCGUACUCCCACCUCUAACGCUCACCUAGGGCUGCACCUCUUCUGUGGAACUUCCUUCCCUUCUCCGUAAGAAUUUCACCCAGUCUCCACUCAUUCAAAAAAUCAUUGAAAACGCACUUCUUCAAGAAAGCAUAUCAAUUAAACUGUUAGCAGGUUUUCAUCCCCCACCCUCCAUGACUCCUCUCCUGCAACUGUCAAAAGUUACCUACUAAGCCCUCAAUUAACUACUUUUACCCUCUGUGUCACUCUACCCCACUCCCUCUAGACUGUAAGCUCAUGGAGCAGGCCCUCCACCCCUUUGUUCCUGUACGUCCAGUUGUCUGGUUACAAUUACAUGUAUGUUAGUCCACCCAUUGUACAGCGCUACGGAAUUUGAUGGUGCUAUAUAAAUAAUAAAAUAAUAUUAAUAAUAAGAAUAGGUAAACUAGAAAAUUAGUCAGAGUUGUAGCAACUGACAUUUAAUGUGGAUAAGUGCAAGAUAAUGCUUCUUGUAUGUAAAAACCCAAGGGCAGAGCACAGACUAUUUGAUAGAGUCCUAACCUCAACAUCUGUAAAGGAGGAGACUAUAUUAAAAAGAAGAAAAACUACCACAACAAGAGGACAUAGUCCUAAAUUUGAGGGGCAAAGGUUUAACAAUAAUAUCAGGAAGUAUUGCUUUACUCAGAGUGUAGUGGAUGCAUGGAAUAGCCUUCCAGCGGAAGUGGUAGAGGUUAACACAGUAAAGGAGUUUAAGCAUGCAUGGGAUAGGCAUAAAGUUAUCCUAACUAUAAGAUAAGGCCAGGCACUUAAGAAAGUAUUUUAAAAAAUUGGGCAGACUAGAUGGGCCGAAUGGUUCUUAUCUGCCGUCACAUUCUAUGUUUCAGUGUCAUUGCUUUCUGUUUGAACUCCUCUACAGUGGAACAAUGACAAAGAUACUGUCCCACUGUAAUCCCUCUCUUAAGGGUUGGUGGAUGAUAACUGUCCCAGUUUAGGAGACUGUUGGUAGAUGUAGGUUUCCGUAAGAGUGUGGUUGAAAAGUUCCCCCCAGUCUCAAUGUUAAUGGUGAUGUCCAGGAAAUAAAUGUCAUUCCCACCAAUUUCUGAAGUCAGUCUCAAAUUAAUGUUGUUACAGUUGAGUAUUUCAACAAAUUAAUUUAAAAGUGCUUCAGUGUUCAUCCAGACUAUAAGGAUAUCAUCAAUAUAACUUCUCCAUAAUUUUACGUACUUUGCAUAUCCCUCUAGUAUGGUAUCGAACACUGUGGUUUUCUCCCAUCAACCCAGGUGGAGGUUGGCAUAUGAAGGGGCACAGGCCAUCCCCAUAGUUGUCCCUCUCAACUGGUGGUAGUACUUCUCCUAAAAGAGGAAUUAAUUAUGAGUGAGAAUUAAAGGCAUUAAUCCCUGGACAAAUUGGUUGUGUCUUGACAGUGAUGCUGGUCGUGUAUCAAGGAAGGAUUUCAAAUGAUUAAGUCCUACUGUGUGUGGAAUGGAGCUAUACAAGCCCUCUACAUGCAGGCUGCACGGAAUAGCAUUAUUAGGUACUAGUAUACCAUCUAGAACAUUCAAUGCUUGUUUUGUGUCCCUCAAAGAUUAUGGAAGUUUAGUAAUGGUCUCUGUAACGGCACCCCGGGUAUAGAAGGGGUUAACGCCAUCAAAGAUGUUCACUUCCCGAAUGUAAAGGCAGCUACCGAACACUCCAAACAGCUGAACAGGAAAACACACGAAUAAUCGCCCCCAAGUACGAGACGAGGCUCUGUAUUGAGGGUCAAGCAGGAAUCUGUUUAAUCUGGGCUACCUGCCCGCCUUUUAUGCAGGUCUCCCACCAGAUGGACACUCCCAUAGGGGACCUGGUGGAAAACUGUGACAAAAAUGUUACAUUGACCAAUCAUAACAGUGCAGGGAUAAAUACUUCCCUUUGAACAGUAUGGGACCCUCCUCUCUAUCCUGGAGAUAUUUGGGAAGUAACUCAAUUAUCUCCGAGGAUAGAGAAUAAACUCCAUUUUACAAGGCAUCAUAAAAAUACAUAAAAAGAUAUAAUUCUAAAACUCCCGAACAGAAUCCCCACAUUCAACAUAUCCCCAGAUAGCUUGGAUCUGAGCGCACAAUAUUACUGAAUAGCGCUCAGAUCCUAUACACACAGUUCAUUUGCAAAAGUCUUUCACAUGGUCUUUCGUUAUACGAAUGGGCUCCAUGGGAUAGCUACCUGGGGUGGCUCUAUUCACAUAGAAAUGUACCGAACGGUACGGUGUUCAUAUGAACGGAUGAACACAUGAAGGAAGGUCGGCGGCUUUAGCGGUGUUCUUUUGAAAAUAGUGUCCAUUUUUAGUUCCAUAGAUUCGUCGACGAACACCGCUGGGCGUUCGCAUGUUCAAGAUGGCCGCCGCCACAUGUUCAUUCAUAUGAACGACGACCACCCAGCCGACCAUUCGACAACAGGAAGUGUCUGCGGUUAACCACAAUGUUCUAAUGAGGCCAAGAGGUUAACAAGCAGCACACUUCCCUGCUGGGUGGCCGGCCGGCCGUUCGGUAGUUCUUUCGACAAAAUGGGAAUAAAGCAUAGGGACUGUACGGACAGGGCAAUUACCGAACAAACAGACAAACCAGCAUGAAGUAAGAGUAAUUCAAAGACAGAGAGGUCUGUCACAGUCUAUCCCAGGAUAUAAUCCACAUAAAUACUAAUAUUUUGAGUUAGGUUUGACCUACCGGAUACUAUUGGCCUACCAGUUAGUACAGACUGCUUUUUGUGUAGUGCAUAGAAGGUUGCUACCUUGGGAUUUCUUACGAACAUAAAAUUAUAUUCCUCUUUUGAAAUCAGCGAUGAAGAUAAUGCUUCAUCAAGGAGGGACUUGAGCUCCAACAAAUAUUUUCUAGUUGGGUCUCCACUUAAAACUUCAUAUGUGUUUUGGUCCCUAAUAAGUCAUUGUGCCAUCCCAAUGUAUUCAAUUCUAUCCAUGAUAACCACAUUAAACCCCUUUAUCAGAAGGUUUGAUAACCAACGUAUCCAUCUCCUUAAUUUUUUUAAGAGAUUUUUGUUCUCUAGUGGUAAUGUUGCUACUUGGUUGGAGAGUCAAUCCGCUCUUGUUGAUUUUUUUCAAUCUUAUUACACGUAAGUUCGACAAAAAGGUCUAUGUACUGAAAGAUGAGGGGUAAAUUCACUCUUUUUUCCUAAGUUUUGUGUAUGGUGCUUGUAAAUUGUCAGGAGUAUUAUUGGUAUCAAGAGAUCAACCACAGUUUCUAACAGAGCAAUGUACAAGGACUGCAGGCCUAAACUUUUGGCUCUUUUUUCAUCUCUUAUUCCAUGGACAAAGGAUGGACAGCUACAGGGACAAAGGACAAACCCUUCCGCAAGACCUGUGUUUCAGAUAGUGUGAUAUCAUGAAAGGAAAGAGUAAUGAUGUGAUUCUCAUUCUUCUCUAAUAUCUCUUUUGUCUGUAUUGUUGUGGUGGUCUCGAAUUGCUCCAUGUACGGGGAACUACAUUAUCCUCCAUGUUUGGAUGCUCUAAAAAAGAUAUCCCUCGUUUAAGUAUACUUCUGGUAUUAUGUACGUGAGAAGUAGAGGUUCCUUCUCUAUUGGAAUCCAACUCUGAGCCGCCAGUCUCAUAGUCAGAUGUACAUAGCGGCUCAGAGAAGCUUUUUCUGGUCCUCCUAUUUCUUUUAUAGACAUUGCCACUUUUAAAAUGUUUGCAGUUUCUGAUAAAUUUAUAAUGUUUUUUUGUGUUAUUCUUCAAUUUAGUCUCCAGUGGUUCAAAGUUAGACUCAUUUUUAAACUUUUCUAUCUGAGUAAUUUAAUCAUCAACCUCUUUAUUUACCUUUCAAGUCUCUUGGUUUCGAAUUUGCAUAAAAUCUCCAUGUACUUCCUUAAAUAGUUCCCUGCUGCCUCUUUCCACCUAUAAUAAACUCCUCUUCCUCAAUGUGUGUGGCCAGAAUAUUUUGGACUUUGAGGCCUCUGGGUAUUAGGUGUUUUUUGAGGUCAUUUUCUAAAGAAGCUAUUUCCCACCCAGUUUUGAUGUAGUAAAACCUAACUUUUAAUAAGUAGUUUAAAAAAUUGCACACAACUACUUAUUAAAAGUUAGGUUUUACUACGUUAAGGGUUGCUUACUAUACAUUUGAAGCCCGCAGGACUGUUAUAUUGUAUCCUCUGGGCUUCUCUGUAUCCUUUUUUUCCUUUUUUUGUAAUUGUGAUGUACUAGGGGUUACCCCCCAAUCUCUUUUUAUCUGACAGUCUUUCUCUAUCCCUCUUUCAUUUUUACAAUGUCUCACAAAAAAAAAUGGUAGUUAGGAACCACGGAUGUACCUAUUACGACCGCGACAAACAGGAGCCCUGGACAUUACUGGAGCGGCGAUUUGCCUGCAGCAGCUCUGGCCACCCUGGCCCUCCAGGUCCAUGUGAUCACCUAGGAGUCUAGGAGCUGCCAGCAGGGGGACUGUCUGAGCUGUCAGACAGUGUCCCAGGCUGCUAAAAAGCAAAAUAUAUAUAUACACAUACACAGUUGCAAGAAAAAGUAUGUGAACCGUUUGGAAUGAUAUGGAUUUCUGCACAAAUUGGUCAUAAAAUGUGAUCUGAUCAUCAUCUAAGUCACAACAAUACACAAUCACAGUCUGCUUAAACUAAUAACACACAAAUAAUGAAAUGUUGCCAUGUUUUUAUUGAACACACCAUGUAAACAUUCACAGUGCAGGUGGGAAAAGUAUGUGAACUCUUGGAUUUAAUAACUGGUUGAACCUAUUUGGCAGCAAUAACUUCAAUCAAACGUUUCCGGUAGUUGCAGAUCAGACGUGCACAACGGUCAGGAGUAAUUCUUGACCAUUCCUCUUUACAGAACUGUUUCAGUUCAGCAAUAUUCUUGGGAUGUCUGGUGUGAAUCGCUUUCUUGAGGUCAUGCCACAGCAUCUCAAUCGGGCUGAGGUCAGGACUCUGACUGGGCCAGUUCAGAAGGCGUAUUUUCUUCUGUUUAGGUAUUCUGUUGUUGAUUUACUUCUAUGCUUUGGGUCAUUGUCCUGUUCCAACACUCAUCUUCUGUUGAGCUUCAGCUGGUAGACAGAUGACCUUAAGUUCUCCUGCAAAAUGUCUUGAUAAACUUGGGAAUUCAUUUUUCCUUUGAUAGCACUCCGUCCAGGCCCUGACGCAGCAAAGCAGCCCCAAACCAUGAUGCCCCACCACCAUACUUCACAGUUGGGAUGAGGUUUUGAUGUUGGUGUGCUGUGCCUUUUUUUCGCCACACAUAGUGUUGUGUGUUUCUUCCAAACAACCCAACUUUGGUUUCAUCUGUCCACAGAAUAUGUUGCCAGUACUGCUGUGGAACAUCCAGGUGCUCUUGUGCAAACUGUAAACGUGCAGCAAUGUUUUGUUUGGACAGCAGUGGCUUCCUCUGUGGUAUCCUCCCAUGAAAUCCAUUCUUGUUUAGUGUUUUAUGUAUUGUAGAUUCGCUAACAGGGAUGUUGGCAUUUGCCAGUGACUUUUGUAAGUCUUUAGCUGACACUCUAGGAUUCUUCUUCACCUCAUUGAGCAGACUGUGUUGUGCUCUUGCAGUCCUCUUUACAGGACGGCCACUCCUAGGGAGAGUAGCAGCAGUGCUGAACUUUCUCCAUUUAUAGACAAUUUGUCUUACCAUGGACUGAUGAACAGCAAGGCUUUUGGAGAUACUUUUAGAACCCUUUCCAGCUUUAUGCAAGUCAACAAUUCUUAAUCAUAGGUCUUCUGAGAGCUCUUUUGUGCAAGGCAUCAUUCACAUCAGGCAAUGCUUCUUGUGAAAAGCAAACCCAGAACUGUUGUGUGUUUUUAUAGGGCAGGGCAGCUGUAACCAGCACCUCCAAUCUCAUCUCAUUGAUUGGACUCCAGUUGGCUGACAUCUCACUCCAAUUAGCUCUUGGAGAUGUCAUUAGUCUAGGGGUUCACAUACUUUUUCCACCUGCACUGUGAAUGUUUACAUGGUGUGUUCAAUAAAAGCAUGGCAACAUUUCAUUCUUUGUUUGUUAUUAGUUUAAGCAGACUGUGAUUGUCUAUUGUUGUGACUUAGAUGAUGAUCAGAUCAUUUUAUGACCAAUUUGUGCAGAAAUCCAUAUCAUUCCAAAGGGUUCACAUACUUUUUCUUGCAACUGUAUGUAAAGUCCUGCUUGAUAAGAUUUCCAAACAGUGAUUUGUAUUGGUCCUCGAUAUAUUUGUACAAUGUUAUUAUAUCCCCUCUGAGGCACCGUUUUUCCAAACUAAAGAGGUUUACAUUUGUUAACUUUUUUUCAUAGCUAAAAUGUUAAAUUACUUUUGUUAAUUUUGUAGCCCGCCUCUGCCCCUUUUCUAGUGCCAUAACAUCCUUCUUUAGAACAGGUGCCGUGUAUGUAGUGUGGCAGAAAGUAGGCCAAAUAUUGCUGAAACCAAAUUUGCGUGGCGAAUGUAGGCUGAACAUAUGUAGCAUGGCUAAACGUUAGCCAAAUGUACUGAACCAAAGUGGUACAAGAAAUGAACUAAGACCAUGGUGAAAAGGUAUCAUGGCCAAAUGUAGACCAAACACACAAAAGGUACCAUGGCCAACUGUAGACCGUGGUUAAAAAAGGUACUAUGGCCAAAUGUAGCAUGGCAGAACGCACUGAAGCACAGUGAAUGUAUAGCAGUCAAAACUGGUUCUGAGAGCAUAUACAUUAAUAUCUUGAAUAUAUACAUGAUAUUAGUGAAAGAGAAUAGCAAAGAACAGAAAGGAAUUUUAUCUUGGUAGGCUUAGUGUACAUCAUUCUUUGCUUAUUCUCCUAAAAGGAAAAUAGACUCUUCUAAUUGGGAGGAGGACCUAAGCUACAAACAGUAAAAUGAUUGUUACUAAAUAAUUAUACUGCUAAGAAAUUCUACUGCUUAGCUUACACUUUUGCCUAUUAAUCCUUCUAUAACCAAAAGCAAGCUUAUCUUCAAAAUAAUCAAUAGAACUUGUUACUUUGUUACCUGGUGCCAACCUGCAUUAUAUGUAUAAUCCUAAAAAUGGGGUGCACUCAGAGGAUUUUCAUUCAAUGUGUCAAAUUUAAUUUACUUCAUAUAAAAAAUACGAAGUCCAGAUCAACAUUCAACUCCUGAGGGUCUUUCUUAACUUUUGGAUGUUUUCAUGAAGUAAAUUAAACCUGACACACUGGUUGAAAAUCCUCUGACUGCACUCCAUUUGUUUUUAUAUAUUAUCAUUAAGGCUCUAAACAUGAUAUUCACCUCAAUAUAGAAUGAGGCCAAAAUUAGGCCGAAAGUACUAAUAUACAGUGAAUAUGUAGCGUGGCUGAACAUACGCCGCAUAAUCAUAGUGAAAAUGUAACAUAGCUGAAUGAAGCCUGACUGUACAAUGUUAAAAAGAUGAGGGGGGCGGGGCCGGGCCGCCGGGCCGACUGGACGCCAUCUGCAUGGGCUCCAGCACUAAGUUCAUUAAAAAGACACAAAAAGCCAUCCCGGACUGCUUUAACGUCGGAUACCCUGACACCAAGGAACGGAGAACGGCUCCUGUUCUUCCCCGAUGCCAGCACAAAGCUCAUCACCUGCAGGGUGAGCAGAGGAGGCUGAACCCGGCCUACACGUGGCCGAGCACCUGACCGCCCACUCCUACUAUACACAGCAGGGCGCCACGGAGAAGCACAGCCCUGAGGCUUCCGAGCAGGAGACGCUGGACGAAUGAAGCCUCCACAUGCAAAGUCAUCCCUGGCCCGGGGCACGGCCCCUCUUGGCCAGCGGGGGUCAUCCCGGCCUCAUGACGGCGGCCCAUGCCACAGCGGGACUUCCCAAUUGGGGCACACGCCGACCGCCUGCACCGGGAACGGCUGCACAACAAACAGCCGGCCAGCAGCAGUGGACACAGACACGGAGGGGAAAGAGCACUUAUGGGGAAACAACCUGACCCCAAAUAGGCAUAGGCUGCCUGCUGCCUGCGGAAAGGCCUGCUGGCAGCUUGGAUGAGACAGUCCUGAGGGAGACACGAGGCAGACCACCUGCAUUCAAAUGAAGAUGCAUCCAUGCAGCUUAAAACACCCGGAUGGCCUCCAACCUGCUGACGGGUCUCCGGGAGGCCAUCUCCCCAGGGAGGCAGAGGACCCUACAUUUAGGUUAGGAGGGGGUCCAGAGGAGACUUUCCCUGGUGCUGAGAGCCCUGUGAAGCUGAAGAGUGCAGACCCCAGGUAUACCGGUGACUGUGAGGUGAGUACCGCAUAUUUAAGUGUGAGACCGGCGCUGGGAGAGACGUGUGGGUCCUAGUGCUUCAUAGUGGGGACUGAGAUGCUGGGGAGGUGCAAGAGACUGCGGCCCAUGGACUUUUGGUGGGGGGUCCUGUGGGUCGAUAUGGACUCUGAGUGCCCACGGUGCCAAGGCACACCGCGCUGGGGAGCCGGGCCUGACCCGGGUGGCACAGAUGGAGGGCGGAGGACCUAAGGGUCUCACACGGACAGACACCCUUGCCACUGGACACAACACUUACACCUCAUACCAUAUGCCCGUAUUGCCUUAACAGCCUAAGUCGGAAAUCAGUGUUUCAUAGUCAUCCAUUUAAGUAAUUCUUAUACAUCAGUUUACAAAGGGAUGUGCUGUUUAUGUUACAAUGCCCCUAUGGGCUAAUGUUUAAUGCCAUUUAUUAUUGCUUACUUAAUAACCUGACUGCUGCACUAUAUUAUAUAUUAACAUGUUUACACAUCAACCUAGAAAUGACUACGCUCUUCGAGUUAUGUAAUGUUCACUGCUUACUUAAAAGUAGAGGGUAUAUGGUUUACUAUCAAUGAGCCGCGUUUUUAAUUGCUUGGCUUACUCUGUAUGCUAAAAUGGUUGAUAAGCACUCACCACAUCCUUUGUGAGUAUCGGAGUCUCCAAUAUGUAAUAAGAAUAUUUACAUUCUCGUAGUUUAGCCUAACAACGAACACGCUGGUUCUGCCACAGAGCCCCUAUAGGCUAAAACUUAAUGUAAUUAAUUGUUGAUUAAAAAAUAGUCAUAGCUCAACCAUCUACUUAAACGUAUGCUUGCCCACUGUACUAGACCUCACAAUGCUUCAUUAAUUUGACGGUUAUGCUUAUGCGCAAGCAAUUAUGCGCCUUGAGGGGUAAUUAAUCGAAUGUUUGCACUUAUCUGGCAGGGAAAGAUGAUCGCAUGUUAUUAUAGGCUAUGUCAUCAUAUAAUGCACUAAGAUGUGCGCAUUUGUUAAGCCACAGCUCAACCACUUACCUGAGCGAAUGCAUGCUACAUGCCCCAGACCUCUCAAUGCCCAAAUAAUUAGACGUAUAUGUUCCUGCACAGGCAACUAAGCCCCCUAUGGGGUAAACUAUUGAAUGUAUGCAUUCAUCCGGCACGGAAAACCGAUCACAUAUGAUUGAAAAUCAUCCUAUUACGCAUUAUGCAACACAUAAAGAAAGCUCUGUAUUAGAAUACGCAUGAAGUGCAAAUGGCUGCUCUUAUACUGUAAAACCAUAACAGGCCUCUGCGUAGGCCCAUGUACAUUACUCAUUUUUUCUCACAAUAAGCCUCUGCGCAGGCAACACUGCAUUUAAACUUAACCUUGAGAUGUUUCUGCCAGCAUUUUAUGAACAAGAUAAAACAAGAUAAAAAAAAAAAAAAAAAGAUGAGAACCACAGGAGAUUGACAAGGACUAAUGAACAUGAACGGAUUCUUCUCCACCAAUGCCGGAACACCUUCUUAAGCUCGAAAGCACAUGAACCAGAAGUUGAGUGAGGUAAUACUAGCAAUGAUCUUCCAAUCAUUAACAGAUGAUCAGGAGGUAGCUGGGAGGGAGGUACAUAUAGGCCAUUCAAAACCCGACCCACAACCCCAGGAAAACUGCCUUUAUAUUUAUGAAAAAGCAGAAAGGAAGGCUUUAAUUACUUCAUGGUACUUAUAAAUACCUGUAAGCAAGGUUUUUUACUAUUUUCUUUAUAUAUUUUUGACAUUGUAUAAAAUAUUGCAAUAUAAAGGACACUGCUUACUAUCUAAAGCUUUUUAUUUCCUAAAUAUUAUUUUAAAGGAUGAAUGAAUAAGUGAAAAAUCAAAAUGGUGUAAAUUUACAUAUUUUUAUUUUUUCACAUUUGCAAAGUAAUAUAUACACACAAUUGCGAUGUUAUGAUAUGUUUAUAUGCCAGCUGUGCAUCAAUUGCUUCAAAUAAAUGUUAUGUUAAUGUUUUUUCAAUCACCAAGUGCUAAGUGUUUUCUUAAUAAUUAAACCUAUUAUCUUUAAUCUUUAAUUUCUUCUCUUUUUCCUUUACAGAUCCAAGGAUUCCUGGCUAUGAAUAUUAUUAGCUCGCUGGUCUCUUUUAUUUCAGUUUGCUUGUUCAUAUCUGAUGCAUGCAUUUACUAUUACUGCUAUGGAAGUUAUGAAAAGUGUGAUUAUGAAAAUGUUCUAUACGUAAGUAAAGAUAGAUUAAUUUGUCAAACAGAAAAAAGGCAUGGGCAGAAAUUUAUUGUAAAGAAUAUUUUUAGCAAUUCUGUUUCUCUGAAAAAAUGUAGUAGGAAUAAAAGCUAAAGAAAUGUAGGGGGCGUGAUGACGUGUUGAUGCACAUGCCACGAGGAGGGCUUAACUAAGGGAGUGGUGCAGAGAGCAGUCACGUGAACGUGGGCAAAGACUAAAAGAUAAGUGCUACAGUGUUACGGUAAUACAUGGAAUAGAGCCAAUUGGUAGGGGGAGAAGAAAAAAGAAACCAUAUAUAUAUUUUUAAAAAGUAACGGUGUAUAAUCACCCGAUAUCACCAUUUGCAUUUCCGCGUGCAUAUAUCUAAAAAAUGUUUUGCCCCCCUUUUUUACUGACUGGGCUAUUUUCUCUUCUGUGUGUGAUUUGGAAACUCUUAUAACUUGCUUAGCCUCUCUCUGCCUUGUCUUAUAUAUCUAUCUAUCUUCCUCACCCUGGGUUUUUUUUUUAUAAUUACUAAAUGCUAAAUUUUUAUUUUUUUUUACUAUUUUGGCCACGUCUGCGAAGUACCACAAUGGUUUCUUUAAUUUUUUGCUCUAAUGCAAUUUUCUGUUGCCUUCAGUAGUGCAACUUUUAAAUAAUCCCAUUUCUCUUGGACUCCAUUUAAACUGCUCCAGUCUGAUAAUGACUCUUUUAUACACAUACUAGUUUUAGAAAACUGGUGGUUACAUUUACACUAUUUCACGCUCCACUCUUGAGGUUAAUAGCUUUUACGGCUCUUUUUCACUUUUCUUCAUUGUCAGGAUCGACACAGGGAUCCAAUAUGCAGAAUGCAAAAGCCGAGGUUGAGGGAGCCAGAAAACAGGUAGGCGAAUAAACAAGCUGAGUCAAAGGGAAGGAGAACACAGAAUAGUCAAAAUCAAAGCCAAGUCAAAUACCAAGAAACCACACCAGAAUAAGCACUAUAGGAACAGACGAGCUAGAACCAAGACAGGGCAAUGAAUCAUUGCAAAAGAGUACUUUUUAUAGGUUGGCUCUAUAAGUGAUGAACACGCCCCCAACAUGUCCUAAUUCGAACAUUUCGGCGGGCCAUGAUGUCAUGACAUCGGCACGCAUACGCCGUGUCAUAAAAAGGGACGGAGCUACCGCGCCCGGUGUCUGAACAGCCGAGAUGAGAGGAGGGAAUGGAAGGAGUCUCCCCAUAAUGUGGGAGAAGACCCACAGGCUGGAUUCCUGCCAGGACAGUAAUCACAGGUACCCUGAGAGUAUCCCCCUUUCGAGAAACACUCACCGGGUGGAAGGGGCCUGGAAGGGGAGAAAAGCACACAUAAAAAGCCCUGAGAAGACGGUGAGCAUGGACAUCCCCAUGAGCCACCCAGGACCUCUUCUCAGGGACAUAACCCCUCCAAUCAACGAGGUAUUGCAUCUUCCCACGGGAAAUGGACUUGACUUCAUAUUCCUCCUGACCCUCAACCAGGAUGGAGGAAGAGGAGAAGAGAGAGUGGUAUACCUGUUACAGGUCAGAGGCUUUAUCAACAAGACAUGAAAGGAAUUGGGAAUGUGCAAGGUAGAGGGAAGAGCAAGCUGAUAUGCCACAGGAUUGAUCCUACAUAAGACCUUAGAAGGCCCUACGUAGCGAGGAGCAAACUUCAUGGAAGGAACCUUCAAUAGUAUGUGUUUCGUACUCAACCAUACCCUAUUACCCAGUUGAUAAACAGGCAUGUUUUUUGAACAGUACAGAACUCUGUUUAAGUAUUUGUUGAGUCUGAUCCCAUCAUUUUCUCAGGUUGGCAACGUAUACCCUGUGAAUGUGAUACAGAAGGUAGAACGGUAGCAUGAAAACCAUAGUUCAUGAUAAAGGGACUAUUUCACAUAAAAUCACAAACGAGAUUGUUAUGCGCAAACUCAGCCCAUGGAAUCAGACCAACCCAAUUGUCCUGAUGUUUGGAAACAAAACAUUAUAGAUAUUGUUCAAUCUUUUGAUUAGUACGUCCGGCUGCUCUGUUUGAUUGAGGAUGAUAAGCUGAUGAGAGAUUCAGCGUCAUACCCAUCUGAGAACAGAAAGCCCUCCAAAAAUGUGAUGCGAACUGAGAAUCCCUAUCUGGGACAAUUACUGUAGGAAUCCUGUGUAAACGAAAAAUCUCUUUAGGGGAGGAAGGCAAUUUGGGCAGGGGAAUAAAAUGAGCCAUUUUGGUAAAUCUAUCAAUGGUGAGGAUUAAAGUUUGUUUGUUAGAUAACGGUAAAUCGACAAUAAAGUCAAUAGCUAAACUGAGCCAUGUUUUUUUCGGUAUGUCCAAAGGUUGAAGCAAACCAUACGGAAGAGUAUGAGGUUGUUUGUUUUUAGCACAUAUUUCACAAGCCAUGGCAUAGUCUCUUAUAUCCUUACGCAAAGUAGGCCACCAGAAUUCAUUAGAAACAAGAGAAUAUGUUUUAUGUAUGCCAGGGUGUCCGGUUAUUUUACUGUCAUGAAAACAUAGAAGUAUCUGCUUUUGGAAUACAGCAGGGACAUAUCUUUUUCCCUCUGGAGUUCGUUCUGGAGCUAGGUAUUGCUUCUGCUCGAUAUUGGUGAUAAGAGGGGAAUGCACCUUUAGGUUAGUGUUGGCUAUAAUAUUCUGCUUGGGAAAAAUAGGGGACAAAGCUGUUUCAGUGAAUGCAGAAGGCUCAUGUUGACGUGACAAGGCUUCUGCUUUAGAAUUUUUUUGAUCCAGGCCUGUAAGUAUGUAGUUAAAUCGAGUAAGGAACAAUGAUCAAUGAGCUUGUCUGGCAGAUAAUCUCUUUGCCUCUCCUAUAUAAGACAGGUUUUUAUGGUCUGUUAAAAUGGUAACCCGAUGUAAUGUCCCUUCUAACAGAUGUCUCCAUUCCUUCAAUGCCAUUAUUACUGCCAACAGCUCCCUAUCUCCAAUGUCAUACCUUUACUCCAUGUCGGAUAAUUUAUUUGAAAAGAAUCCACAAGGUGUAUCGGAACGUUGUCAUUGAGAGAAAACUGCCCCUAUACCUGUUUCAGAUGCAUCUACUUCAAGUAAAAAAAGUAAUGUGGUGUCGGGAUGAACCAAUAUUGGGGCAGAAGCAAAUGCUUUCUUAAGGGUUUCAAAAGCAGAUAAAGCAGAUAAAGCAGAAGAUAACCACGUCUUGGUAUUAGCCCCUUUCCUAGUCAUGUUUGUUAUAGGUGCUACUAUGGAUGAAAACCCUUUAGACCCUUUAAGGAUGGCGGGCGUGCUAUGCCGUCCUUGGGGACCCGACUCUAAACACUGGGGGGCGGCAUAGCAUGUUCCCGCCGUCCUUUUUACUUACCCAGUCGCCGGCGAUCACGGUGCGGGGACUCACCUGGCGGCCCAGGGAGUCCCCCUCUGUCCGUUCUGGUCCCCCUGAGCCAUGUGAUCGUGAGGUCGUUGCGAAGACCUCGCGAUCACAUGGACGACAUAGCCGUCCAUGGCAGUGCCAGCAGGGGGAGUGCCUGUAAUGACAGGUACUCCCCUGCUACCUGGAAAAAAAAAACAUUUAAAACUGUUUAAAAUUAAAUUAUAUAUAUAUAUUUAGGAUAUAUAUAUAUAUAUAUAUAUAUAUAUAUAUAUAUAUAUAUAUAUAUAUAUAUAUAUAUAUAUAUAUAUAUAUAUAAUAUAAUAUGCAUAUUAAUAUCAAAAUAAAUGUAGAAUGAUAUUGAUUUUAUAUAUAUAAAAUAAAUAAAUAUGUAAAUAUGUAACUACGUAAAAAAAAAAUAUAUGUGUAAUUUCGUUCUAACUGUAUUUUAAAAUUAAUUUAUUUAUAUAUAUAUAUAUAUAUAUAUAUAUAUAUAUAUAUAUAUAUAUAUAUAUAUAUAUAUAUAUAUAUAUAUAUAUAACAAAAUACACGUAGAACGCAAUAAUACCAAAAUCUACAAUUUGGUAUACAUACAAGGUGGUCAUUAGAGGCUACUUAAUAAAAAUGGGGAAAUGUUUUAGAAAAAAUAAAGUUAAAGACCUAUCCAAUCUACAUAUAUCAUUCUUUAAUAUUUCAAACUUAAAUAAACAACACCCUUCUAAUCAAAAUAAAAAACAGUGGAUUGAAGUUCAAAAUAAAAUAAAUAUAAAAAUAGAAGAAAAAAUUAAAAUAACUCUCAAUAAAUUAAGAUUAAAUAAUUAUUACUGUGGGGAUAGAGCAAUUAUCAAUUUAACAAACUACAAAACCAAAGAACAAAAAUAGGAUAGAUAAAUUGAUAGACAAAUAUGAAAUAUACUCAACCCUUAAGAAAAUAGGUGAAGAAAUAUAAUGUUUUUUACCAGAAAUUAUAUAAUCUCAGCCUCAUUCCGGAGGAGGGUAAAAUUAAAAAUUAUUUAACAAAAAACAGUAUUCCCAAGAUGUCAAAGAUAGAUCUUCAAGUACUAAAUGCAUGUUUUACUACCAAUGAAGUAGAGAGAAAUAGAUAAGUUAGAUAUGUAUAAAACACCUGGUCCAAAUGGAUUUAGUAAUUUUUUAUUAUAAAUUAAUGAAAACAGAAUUUGUCCGGCCUCUGACUUCCUUGUUUACCGAAAUAGUAAUUAGAUCAAAAACCCCAAACGAGCUAUUGCAAGCAAAUCUUCUGUCGAUACUAAAACUCAAUAAAUAAAAAAUGCAACAGAUGUGAGUAAUUACAGACCAAUCUCACUAAUAAAUAUCGAAAUGAAAUAAAAUGCCUCUAUAAUAGCAUAAAUAAUCAAAUUAGUAAUAAAACAAUGUGCAACUUGGAUAAAAUAGAUUUUGUACCAGGUAGAUCAGCUAGUAAUUGUACCAGAAGAAUUUUGGAUGUUCUGGACCAGUCUAUUCAUAGAGGGUGGCCCUUGCUGGCCCUGUCCCUGGACAUAGAGAAGGCCUUUGAAACGGUCAGUUGGGACUACCUAGAUAAUGUUUUAAGAUCCUUUGGCCUAGAGGAAUGGAUCCACUGAGCCAUAAUGGCAUUAUAUUUGGACCCUUCAGCUAGGACUGUGGGAGACAAUAUAUGCACAGGAUGAUUUGAUUUACAGAAUGGUACAAGACAGAGGUGUCCCCUGUCUCCUCUGUUGUACAUUUUGUCUGUGGAACCAUUAGCGAUAAAUAUCAGAGUAAAUAAAGAGACAAAGAUAUACAAAUAUAAUAUGCGGACGACAUCUUGUUAUCAAUAACAUUGCCAAUGUCUUCCCUUCCACAAUUAAUGCAAGAAAUAGACAAAUAUAGUAAAAUAUCAAAUUACAAAUUAAAUGUGACAAAAAAAUGACUGCAUUAUCUAUAAAUAUAGAUAAUGAUACUGUUGAAUAAUUAAGUUAACAAUUCAAAUUUAUAUGGACACAUAGAUAAUUAAAUUAACUAGGAGUAACGAUAUCGGCAAAGAUAGAAAGGACGGUGGAAGUAAAGGUCUUAAAAUUAUUAAAAUAUACAAAUAAGACCUUGAAAGAAUGGCGGUAAGUAGAGUCUUUAUAGCUUGGUAGGAUUAAUACCAUUAACUCAUACAUAAUACCUAAAUGAUCUUACUUGUUCAUGAUGCUUCUGUUUAAGAUUUCUAAAAGCUGGCUUGAUAUGAUCCAAGCUAGCUUUGUAGCAUAUAUAUGGAAAGGCAAAAAACCCAGGAUAAGUUCAUCGGCUUUAGCGAAAAAAUAUCAAAAGGGAGGUUUAAGCUACCCGAUUAUUAAGCAUGUAUACUACGCUAAUAUAAUUGGUAAUAUUUACAAAUUAAAGUAAACUCAAUGUCAACUGAGCCAUGGUAUAUAAUUGAAUCGGAGGCAGUGAGCAUUGAAAGACUGAAAUUUAUAUUAUGAUGUAAUAGUGGUAAAAAAGUAACAGAUUUAUACAUUUACAAUUUAUAAAAAAUCUUCAAUACUAGCUCAAAUUAUCCAGAUAUGGGAACAAAUAAAAAAUGCAUGGGCUUAAGACAAAAAAUUCUAAAGACAUGCCGGCUGAUAUCAUUGAAAGAAAAUAUGAAGGAUUUGUACUGGAAAAAAAAUGGACUAAUAUCAAUGAAAAUACUCCUGCGGAUAUUACCUGGCAAGACCAAAUAGAGCCAUUCCCAGGUAUUAUAUUAAAAUAUCAAAUAUCAAGUAAAGAAUUAUUUACAUUUUUAAGAAUGAAAAAUUUCCUAAAUGUAGCCUUAUUAAAGAGCUCAAUAUCAGUUCAUAAACAUAUGGAAUUGAUGUUCUGUCAUGAGAAGGUUAAAAAAAUUACUUCUGAAGUGAAUCAAAUGAUCGAAUUAAUAAAUGACAGACCAUUAAAAAUAAUAAAUACCUGGAACAAAGAGCUAGAACUGGAGAUUUCAGACUCUGAAUGGUGUACAUAAAUAUGACAAUUAUAUAAAAAUAUACAUUGUUUAAACCUGGUAGAAUGUCAAUAUAAGAUUAUGUAUAAAUUGUAUUUAGUUCCAUCUAGAUUAUCCAAGAUGUAUUCUAACUACAUCCUAAAUUGUUGGAGAUGUGAUAAUCUUGCGGGCACCUUUAUCCAUAUUUGGUUGACAUGUGUUUUAGUUAAGCCAAUUUGGAGAUGGGCAUAUAAUAGUUUUAAAGUUAUAUCUAACGUAAACCUGAAAUGGUGCCCUGAGAUAGCACUACCGCAUGUGAAAUGGUAUUUAAUAUUAAAAAAAAAAUUCAAAUUUUAGCAAUACAUUUUUUUUAUAGUUACUAAAAUUUUGAUUGCCAGAAAGUGGAAAUCUUAUAUCCGUUUCCAAAAAUAAACACUAUAUAAACCAAAUAAGAUAGCAAUUCUGUAUGGAAAAACAACUGUCUAAUUCAAUUAUACAUUCUUACAAAAUACUUGAACUAUUUGAUUUAUGACUGGAAAAAAAUGUUAAAGUUAAAUAUAUGAAUUUCCUUGUUAAACCUGUGAAAAAUUCUAAAUUACAAUAUUUAUAACUUCUAAUAACUAAUCAAUAGAAUAAUUCAAAGAUUUGGCUAAAAGGAUGCUCCUGGUCUGGAAGGUCUGAGAUUGUCAAUGUUAUUUUUUGUUGGUUAUUCAAAUUUGUGUCUAAUAACUUAAAAAAUUUGAAUCCCAACUUUAAUGCCAAAGCUGAAUAAGAGUGUGUGUGUGUGUGUGUGUGUGUGUGUGUGUAUGCGUAGUAUUGAUUGGGAUAAUGUCUUUUAAAAUUUUAUAAAAGAAUAAUUGAAAAAGAAAUCUAAACAAAUGUUGAAAAAAAAUGAAAGAAAAAAUUCUUUUUUUUACAAAUAUAUCUAGCCAACAUAGUUAAAGAAAAUAUAUUAAUAUAGAUACAACUAUUUGAAUACCUAAAAAGGCAAUGAUGUGUUCUGUGGCAGUUAUGGGUUUUAUAUAAUGAUCAGAAAACCAUUUCAAAACUAAUUAUUGCACAAAUUUGGUAUGGUGGAUUAAUACCUGUCAAGGAACCCAAAAUACAGGUGCCUUAUUUUAUUUUUUAUUUAGAAUUUUCAAAUUCACAUGCAGUUAUUUAUACAACAAUAGAACACUAUAAAACAGUGUAUAGAUGCAAAUGUCUAAUUAGACAAAAUAGCAAUUGACAACAUUUCCAAUUGCACCUCAUCUUGUGUAGCUCAGUGCACACAAACAUUAUGUAUUAUAUACAGGUGAUACUCGAAAAAUUAGAAUAUAGUGCAAAAGUUCAUUUAUUUCAGUAAUGCAACGUAAAAGGGGAAACUAAUAUAUGAGACACAUUACAUGCAGAGCAAGAUAGUUCAAGCUGUGAUUUGUCAUAAGUGCGAUAAUUAUGGCUUACAGCUCAUGAAAACCCCAAAUCUACAAUCUCUGUAAAUUAGAAUAUUACAUGCAAUCAAUAAAACAAGGAGUGUACAUAGAACAAUAUCAGACCUCUGAAAAGUAUAAGCAUGCAUAUGAACUUAGUACUUGGUUUGGGCCCCUUUUGCAGCAAUUACUGCCUCAAUGCGGCGUGGCAUGGAAGCUAUCAGCCUGUGGCACUGCUGAGGUGUUAUGGCUUCAAUAGCGGCCUUCAGCUCUUCUGCAUUGUUCUAUCUCAUGUCUCUCAUCUUUCUCUUGGCAAUGCCCUAUAGAUUCUCUAUGGGGUUCAGGUCAGGUGUGUUUGCUGGCCAAUCAAGCACAGUAAUCCCACGGUCAUUGAACCAGGCUCUGGUGCUUUUGGCGGUAUGGGCAGGUGCCAUGUCCUGCUGGAAAAUGAAGUCCGCAUCCCCAUAAAGCUCGUCUGCAGAAGGAAGCAUGAAGUGCUCCAAAAUCUCCUGGUAGACGGCUGCGGUGACCCUGAACCUAAUGAAGCACAGUGGACCAACACCAGCAGAUGACAUGGCUCCCCAAAUCAACACAGACUGUGGAAACUUCACACUGGACUUCAAGCAUCUUGCAGUGUGUGCCUCUCCAUUCUUCCUCCAGACUCUGGGUCCUUGGUUUCUAAAUGAGAUGCAAAAGUUGCUCUCAUCAGAAAAGAGGACUUUGGACCACUGAGCAACAGACCAGGUCUAUUUUUCUUUAGCCCAGGUAAGACGCUUCUGACAUUGUUUGUUGUUCAGGAGCAGCUUGACAAGAGGAAUACGACAUCUGAAGCCCAUGUCCAUGAUCCGUCUGUGUGUGGUAGCUCUUGAUGCACUCACUCCAGCCUCAGUCCACUCCUUGUGAAAGUCCCCAACACAUUUAAAUGGCCUUUUCCUGACAAUCCUCUCCAGGCUGUGGUCAUCCCUGCUGCGUGUGCACCUUUUUCUUCCACACUUUUCCCUUCCACAUAACGUUCUAUUAAUGUGCUUUGAUACAGCACUUUGGGAACAUCCAACUUCCUUCGCAAUUACCUUUUUGAGGCUUUCCCUCCUUAUGGAGGGUGUCAAUGAUGGUUUUCUGCACAACUGUCAGGUCAGCAGUCUUCCCCAUGAUUGUGAUUCCUACUGAACCAAACUGAGAGACCAUUUAAAGACUCAGAAACCCUUUGCAGGUGUUAUGGCUUUCUUAGCUGAUUAGAGUGGGACACUGUGAGCCUAGAAUAUUGCACCUUUUUACAAUAUUCUAAUUUUCUGAGAUUGUGGAUUUGUGGUUUUCAUGAGCUGUAAGCCAUAAUCAUCUCACUUAUGACAAAUCAAGGCUUGAACUAUCUUGCUUUGCAUGUAAUGCGUCUAUCUCAUAUAUUAGUUUCCCCUUUUUCGUUACAUUACUGAAAUAAAUGAACUUUUGCACAAUAUUCUAAUUUUGUGAGUAUCACCUGUAUACCUUUAUACCAUGUUUGUGACAUUCUAGACAUACUUCAAUUAUGGGCACAGAUAGUAGAAAAAAUAUAAAAGACGGUGAGAGCACUCUAAAGCAUGCAAUUUAAAUUAUUACCAGAUUAAUCUUGAGUUCAACUCUAAAAACAACAAGAUAAAAGGAACAUAGAGUAAUAUUGACAGAUUACAAAUAUUGUUAGUAAAAUACUGGAAAAACUCACAUGUUACUGAGUCACUUAAAAAGCUGACUCAGACCAAAAGCUUGUAGUGGAGAUGAAUACUCCUUUGAACUGGACGUCCUUUGGAUGAAUUUCUUCUGGAUGUUAAUAUAAUAAUUAUUCCAGGAUACAAUUCCAAAGUAAAACUAAUUUAUUGAUUAAAACAAAAGUUUUUUAAAACAAACAUGAAAUAAAAUUGUCCAUAUGCAGUUACCACGACGCGUUUCGGCAAAAUAGCCUUUCUCAAGUGGUUUGUAUUCAUCUCCAUGAUUGCAGCUUUUAAAUUCCAAAGUUUGGCGCCCUUUCUCACUGUUUCCGGUUUUCUUUACUUCCGUUUUCGUCAUCGGUAAUCGUCCGACGUGUCCCACACGUCAUGGCGUCAUCUUUCGUCGUCCGACGUGUCCCACACGUCAUGACGUCAUUUCGGCACCCCGGACCGGAAGUAUUGCGGGCGCCAUUUUUAAAAGUCCUUUUAAUACUUAUUUUGCCAGAUCUUUCUCAAAUAAUGAGCAAUUAAAACAUAAUAGAGUUAUAUAUAUAAAAUUUUAGUAUAAACCUUCUCCAAAUAAAAGGGGAAACAUAUAUAUUAUUAAACAAGAGGAAAUGUCAUAUACAAUAUAUGCAAUAUAAGAUCCAAACAGAUAUAUAAUAAAAUAGAUAUUAAAAUAACAAUAGUUAUAAUAAUAAUAAAUUUGGAUAAUUAAAAUAUAUUUAUAUAUAGGAAUUGACCUCAAAAUCUAUAUUUAGACCACAUGGGGACAAAGUUUGCAUAUUGAAAAUCCAUUUCAUUUCGGUUUUGUUCAGGAGAUUUUCUAUAUCUCCUCCCCUCCAAUGUGUUUUAACUCCUUCUAUACCCAUAAAGUCAAAACCUUGUAUGGAUUUUCAAUAUGCAAACUUUGUCCCCAUGUGGUCUAAAUAUAGAUUUUGAGGUCAAUUCCUAUAUAUAAAUAUAUUUUAAUUAUCCAAAUUUAUUAUUAUUAUUAUAACUAUUGUUAUUUUAAUAUCUAUUUUAUUAUAUAUCUGUUUGGAUCUUAUAUUGCAUAUAUUGUAUAUGACAUUUCCUCUUGUUUAAUAAUAUAUAUGUUUCCCCUUUUAUUUGGAGAAGGUUUAUACUAAAAUUUUAUAUAUAUAACUCUAUUAUGUUUUAAUUGCUCAUUAUUUGAGAAAGAUCUGGCAAAAUAAGUAUUAAAAGGACUUUUAAAAAUGGCGCCCGCAAUACUUCCGGUCCGGGGUGCCGAAAUGACGUCAUGACGUGUGGGACACGUCGGACGACGAAAGAUGACGCCAUGACGUGUGGGACACGUCGGACGAUUACCGAUGACGAAAACGGAAGUAAAGAAAACCGGAAACAGUGAGAAAGGGCGCCAAACUUUGGAAUUUAAAAGCUGCAAUCAUGGAGAUGAAUACAAACCACUUGAGAAAGGCUAUUUUGCCGAAACGCGUCGUGGUAACUGCAUAUGGACAAUUUUAUUUCAUGUUUGUUUUAAAAAACUUUUGUUUUAAUCAAUAAAUUAGUUUUACUUUGGAAUUGUAUCCUGGAAUAAUUAUUAUAUUAACAUCCAGAAGAAAUUCAUCCAAAGGACGUCCAGUUCAAAGGAGUAUUCAUCUCCACUACAAGCUUUUAGUCUGAGUCAGCUUUUUAAGUGACUCAGUAACAUGUGAGUUUUUCCAGUAUUUUACUAACAAUAUUUGUAAUCUGUCAAUAUUACUCUAUGUUCCUUUUAUCUUGUUGUUUUUAGAGUUGAACUCAAGAUUAAUCUGGUAAUAAUUUAAAUUGCAUGCUUUAGAGUGCUCUCACCGUUUUUUAUAUUUUUUGUACACUUUAUUUGUGUGGUUGAGUGAUUCACACUAGGUGAUAGUAGCACCACUCUGUACUGUUUUUUCCCAAAAUUCUUAUAUUCACAGAUAGUAGACCUUAUCUUAAGCAUGUUGGGUUUUCGUUAAGUAUGACUCCCAAGUUUUCCAAGCUUCCCUACAACAUUUUUGUGGUUUCCCCAUUUUACCAGCUGCAAUUUCAGAUAUUUUCAUGCGUUCCAGGUUAUUUAUGUAGGAUUUUGCAGUUAAAGUAGAUUCAGUCCAAUAAUUCCUGCUUUUUACAGUUAAUGCGACUAUAAUUUUGCUAAACAUUAAAUAUUUAAUAUAUUUCUUUAUUUUUAUAUGAAAAAUAUGUAGCAAGUAAAUUUAAACUGGAGCUGUGCUCAUGUACAAGAAAAUAUUAUUUCAGCUAUAUUCCCCCAGUAUGCUUCUAAUUUAGGGCAAUACCACCAUAUAUGUAACAUGGUGCCAGCAUGUUUAAGACAACUCCACAAAUUAUCUGAACUAAUAGGUUUCCCGCAGGCAAGACGUACUGGAACCAUGUACCAACUGUACAGUAUUUUCCUAAUGAGUUCAAUGUGCAUAACACAUAAUGUAAGAGGCUUGUGGUCUUUAAGUAUUUUUCCCCAGCUGUCUUCAGUAAAUGUUAUGCUAAAUUUAAUUUUCCAGGCCUGUGUGAAUGAUCGCUUUUUGCAGUUCAUGUGUAUAGAUUCAGAUUAAUACAUUGCAGUUUUUAAAAAUUCAUCAUCUUUUGCUCAUUUACAAUAAAGACAUUUCUUAGAAAAUAUUUUUAUAGCAAAGAUCUACAAAAAUAUAAUGAAUAUAAUAAUACUGGGCUGCAUUUGCUAUACCAUGUUUCAUUUUUAAAAUAUCAAAAUGUAAUACAAAAUUUCCCUGUGCCAAUUGGUAAAGGGACCGAACCCCAAACCUAUGAAUAGUUUAUAAAUUGAAAUCAAGAAAUAUAUUUUCAAGAGCUGCUAUAGGUAGAGCAGGUGAAAUUGGUACACUCAUAUUGCUAUGAGCAUCAACAAUUUGUUUAGUCAAAAUGGUUGUGGGAAGAAUAUUUGGAAAUGUGGGCUUCAAUGUCCCUGGCAGCCAUGCCAACGAAGCUACAUUAUGUGUCUCAGUGAAACCAGUUUCUAUUUCUACCCAUUGUGGUGGGGAUUAGUUGGGUGCUUGUAAUUAUAAGUGAACUUAAUAAAGAUACUUUAAAAGGUGGCCUCUUUGUUUAGGAUUAAUCUUUUGUCAUGAUAUAUCUGAGAAUCUACCAUGUUUCUAUUUUAUCUCUAACGUUUGUUUUUUUCUCUUCUUCAGAGCAAUAAAAUUGCAGUGCUGUCCUUUUUGAUCAUUGCCUCUCUCCUGCAAUUCUGUGUGUGCGUGUCUCUAUCUGCCUUUGGAUGUAAAUCUCUGAGCCAUACCUCCACCGCUCCAGCUCAGGUAAGAGGCAGAUAAUCAUUAAUUGCAAGGUUGAUGAAACAUAUUAUUUUGAAAAUAAGCAGGCUUAAUUCUAUCAUUUUGCAGGUUAAUUCUUUGCAAGAUCUGAGAUAUCAUUGGCAUGAAGUGUUUCAUAUGACCGCUAGAUUAUAUGUGGGUUCAUAUUUAUCUCACUUUCAUGUUGCUGUGAUGAAAGUGGUAAUGUGCAAGGGCAGAGGCAGCAACUGCGACACCGGCUGCACCAAUGCCUGCACACUAAGGGGGAACAUCAGAUGGCCCAUGCACUUAAGGCCACCUGGUAGACAUGUGUCAGCAGGGGCCCAGUCAUGUGCUAUGGCCCUUUAACAGCACGACCAGGCCCCCUUAAAUAUUGGCAGCCUAGGAGGGACUGAGGUUCCCUAUCACUUUCUCCUAGCUAACACAGCCAUGCAGGAGGGAAGGAGAAGGCAGAAAGUAAGGGGCAUGAACCGCAAGAGCAAGCCUCUUACUCCCAACAGCCUCAGCCAAUAGAUUGGACCCCAGGGUAGCCAUCAUCCUGCACCUAAAAGGUAGGAAAUUGGAGUUGGGUGGCUAUAAAAGUGUAAAUUUUGACCAGAAUGUGUGUCAGUGAAUGUGUCUGAACGUAUAUCUGUGCAUCUGUAUGCGUAUCAGUUUGUAUGUGUGUCUGUAUGUGUUUCUGUAUGUGUAACUAUGUUGUCAGUAUGUGUUUCUGUGUAUUUACAUGUGUGUCAGUGUGUUUAUCUGUGUAUCUGUAUGUGUUUCAAUAUGUGUAUCUGUGUGCCUGUAGUGUGUCAGUGUGUGUCUAUGUAUCUCUGUGUCACUGUGUGUGUCAGUGUAUCUGUAUCUGUAUUUGUAUGUGUGGCAAUGUAUUCUGUAUGUUGUUAGUAUGUGUAUAUGCAUGUGUCAGGGUGUGUCUGUGUACCUGUAUGUGUGUCAAUGUAUAUAUGUAUGUUGCCAGUAUGCAUAUCUGUGUGUCUGUGUAUCUGUACCUGUGUCAGUGUAUGUAUCUUUGUGUGUGUGUGUAUGUUUAUGUGUGUCAGUGUGUGUAUCUCUAUAUCUGUCAAUGUGUGCAUCUGUGUGUCUGUAUAUCUGCAUGUGUGUGUCAGUGUGUGAAUCUGUGUAUCUGCAUGUGUGUCUGUAUCUGCAUGUGUGUUAGUUUUUGUAUCUAUGUAUCUGCAUGUGUAUCGGCAAGUGUGUCAGUGUGUGUAUUUGUGUGUCAGUUUGCAUGUUUGUCUGUGCAUGUAUCUGUGUGUCUGUAUAUCUACAUGUGUAUCAGUGUGUGUAUCUGCAUGUGUGACUGUAUAUGUGUGUGUCAGUAUGUUAAUCUGUAUGCUAUAAGUUUGUAUUUCUGUCAGUGUGUGUAUAUGUGUGUAUGUCUCUGUACGUGUCAAUGUGUGUCUGUCAGUGUGUGUGUAUCUGUGUGUCUGUAUAUCUGCAUGUAUGUGUCAGUUUGCGUAUCUGUGGAAGUGGAUACAAAAUGCCCAGGCACACCAGGUGGUUUCUUCUAAAAGGCAGUCUUUAUUUGGAACCAAGAAAUAAGAACAACUAGUCUUGACAAAGACUUAUACAGGUGCCGAAACUUUGUUCUUAUUUCUAUUGAACAAAUUAUAAAGAGUCCAAAACCUGAGCAUAGAACCACCCGCAGUUAUGUCUAGAAAAUUAUAAGGGGACUGGAUCCUAAACACAAUGGCCUUAAAAAAUACAGUAUUAAGGAACUACAUAUAAGUCUUCAUUAACCCGUUUUUAAAUGUGUUCUACAUGAAUGGAUUUGCAAAAUAGGAUUAUCCUUCAUUAUCAUUUGUUGUACAUAAUGUUAUAAUAUCUCUCCACAAAUAAAAAGAUAUCUCUGUUAUGACCAAAGUUUACAAUCUGUAAAAAAGAAGAAUCUACUGCAACAGUAGACUAAGGCAGACUAUAGAUACAAAGGCCCAAAAUGUAACGGAAAAAACUAUAUAUAUAAUUUUUUUUUUUUUUAUAAUAAGAUCUAACAUAAAUACAGCGAGCUGAUACUGUACACCUCAAAUUUGUUUUUCAUCUAAAAAGAUAGAAAGCUUUGAGAUAAAACUCCUCCUUAUAAAAGGGAAAAAGCAAGAAACAGGCAAACCCCAUAAAUGAAUGUGAUGAAAUUAAAAAGAUAAGACAUACAGUAUCAAUAACAAAUAUGAGCACCAAACAUGAAGCAUAAUUUACACUGAAAUUUGCAUUCCUAUUAUGAAGUUGUUACUGAUAAGCAUUCAGUUAUGGUUAUUAUCCCAAUCAGAAUGACUAAAUCAAAAAAAUGAAAACUAAAGGAACAAGAACAUUCUUCCAGAUAAUGCAUAAACUACCUCAAUACAAUGAAACCAAAGAAGAAAAGAAAACCUCAAAGCCAUAACUUCAGAAGCAAACAUAACAAUCAGAAAACAACCCUGUUUAUAUUCCUAAAUAUUUGCAGGCUCGAUAAGUAUCCUUAAUUACAUCCUUUUAAUUUCUAAAAACAUGACUGGUAUCCCAUUAAACAUGGAGUCCCUGUGGAAACCUAGUUUUCAGAGUAGGGAUCCAAAACAUUUCAUUUCUAAGAAUGACCUUUUCAUAAUAAGUGAAUACAAAUACACAAAAACAAGUCCUGAGCUCAAACUCCCACUACUGUUGGGUGUCAGCAACGACCAUAGUACACUUCAGCCCCAAUACAUACAGUAAAAGCAAAGUUACCUGAGCUCUUCCCAAACCCUCUUGCAUAUUAAAGCAAACGGUGGUUAUUUAAUAACACCAAUGGCCAUUAGAGGGAUGCUCACCUGCCACAUCAAGGCAAACCUCUUAGGUGGGUCCUACACUGACUGUUCACCUUGCUUCCUUGAGCUUCAGGCAAAUAUUUCUCUAAUGAGAUAGAGUACACGAGGACUGAUGUUCUAGUAUUUUGCCAUAUGUAUUUUCUUUAUUGACUAUUAUUUCUUCCUGAUGUUUUUUGGGGUAUUUCAUAUGAGUGCAGAUCAACAAACUUAUACUGUGUGAAGUAACAUUUACAAAUUACCCUUGUUACACCCUUCUGACUGUCUAUCAGAAAACUAGUCCUGUUACUUCCCGAUUGGUAAACUCAAGAGGCAGGCAAUUGCUCAGAGCACAUGCCUUGCAAAGACUUCUCAGUGAGUUGCAUAUGUAAAUCUGUGAUUGGACAAUAACAGAAAGUCUGUGCUGGAGAAAAAGAGGAGGGGUUGCAAAGGCUGCAGACAGAGAUCUGCAGCAUUAGCAAGCUAUUUUAAGAUAUACACCCAGUGAAAAAAAUGCAACAAUAAAUGUAUGCAUGUUUUCAUUUGGCUAUACCUACUAAACUGUUAAAUAGUUUUUCCACGGGAGUGUUACCUUAAGAUCUGUCAUAAAAUGUUACUCGCUUCAACUUCUGUGAUUCUGAGCUUUCUAUUGGUAUAUUUAUAGGAUACAUGGAUCUCUGUUCCACAGAUGAUCAUUACUAAAGAAUUGAUAUGUAAUAUAGGUAGUUUACGUUUGAUUCCCAUUUGCUAUUAGCCAGAUUGUGUUAAACCAGAUACGUGUAAAUCAUGGAAGUUGGAGCUCAGAAACAAAUGGAAAGCUUACCCCUGAUACAGGAAAACAGAGCACAGAUGUUCAAGGACUUCCGUUUUUGCUCAAUUUGUUUCCCUUUUGGUAUCCCUGAAAUUCUAAUUUACUUCAAGUAAAAAAUUACAACUCAAAUUACAAAACUAGUUAAUUUAUACACUAAAAGGUAUAUAUCGAUAGGUAUGUAAAACUCCUAAUUAAAUAAUCAUCAUGGAGACUGACCACUGAAUUCUGAAUAGAUAAUGUUUGCCUUCCCAAAAUGUAAUAUAUGCUAUAACUCAACAUAUAGAAAAAUAUGAUUUUUUUUUAACACUGUAUUCUGUCUCCCCAUAUCAGGUGUUCGUGAUACAAAAUGAUGCUAGAUUUCAUGGGCCAAACUUUAUUCCUACUGUUGGCAACCAAUAUGAAGCACCUCCAGGCUAUACUAAUAUGACAAAUACUGGUUUAGGAAUUCCUGUGGAUUUGGGACAUACACCUGUUACUACAAAACAUUGACCAUCUCAUAACCAAAGCAGUGGGCGCAAACAUAUACUUUUCUGAAUCUUCCCAAUAUGCAAUAUAAUCCUAAUCCUGAAAAUGCAUUACUUUAAUUUGUGUUUCCUAAGAAAAACUGUAAUUAAUUGAUAGUGAAAAUUCUAAAUGAUGCUUGAGUAACUGAAGAUGAUUCUUAGCUUCACUAAAGGAGAUUAUUCACUAAACUCUGAGGAGUAGUACUUAGAAAGCCAAAUGGCAACACCUAGGCUAAAACGCAUGAUCUGGAAAUUGUCCUCAACUCAGCUAUAGAUGCUACCUGAUACUUUUAGCGUAAUUUCACUAUCAUUUGGAGUUUAGAGUAUAGACCACUAUGGUUUAUGAAUAUCAUAAACAUAUAUUCAAAUAUUUAUGGUAAAAAGGCAAAUGGCAAAUCUCUUCAAUGGAACCAAGUAUUCCAAUGGAGACAAUUUUGGGGUCUAAAAAAUGCCUACUUUUGUUAUAAUCAGUGGCUUCAGCGUUUAUGUAUAACGGUAUGAUGUUAAUGAACUCUUUGUAUUGUAUUUUAUUGUGUAAUUUGACAUGGAUUCUAACUGAUUUAUGAUGCCAUCAACUGCAUACUGCAGUCUCAAUGUGACUGAGCCAUCAAUUAGCACUCAUUUUUACUUUUCUGGCUGUGUAUGUGCAUUAUAUGUAAUAUCUCUGUGAGUAAAGAUGACAAUAGUUGCAAUUUGUGAUGAC